AUGGCCUCGUCCUCGUCCUCGUCAUCUUCGCUUCGUGCAGGAUUGCUCAAGCUUCCAGCACCACUCGCCAAGUUCUUCGCCUUAUUUCCCUUGCACACGUACCCCGCCAUCCCACUUCCAGACAAACACCCAAUAACAGGUCCCACACUUUGGAUACAUCCCCCAUCUGCUCCUCCUGACACGCACGACCUACUCAGCGCAGACGUGGAAUGUCUCAAAUGGCAGGCGCACCUGGCACUGCGCGGUGUCUCUGAAGUUCAGGUCCGCUGGGAUGUUGUAGCAGAAGGUGCACUUGGAGAGCGUUUGCCGAAUCUCCAGCUGCCUUUGACGAAGGAUAAGGACGGAGAGUUAUUGGCAGCGCAUAAUAUUCCGGCUUGGGUUGACGAGCGUCUGGGACCUCUGGGAGAUUUGCAGGGAUAUCGUGAUGUUACUACCAGAGAUGAGAGUCAUGCAUGGGUUGCGCUUCUCGAAGGAGACGUUCAGGCAGCCUUGACUCUCUCGCAACCUUUGCCGUCGUUCUUUUAUCAGACCGUUCUGCAGCUCCCUGCUUCAAAUCCCACACGUCCGAUAGAAACCCUACUCACACCCCCUCCCACUCCUCUGACUGGCAUCUCGUCUCUGCUUCGCCCAUAUGGUUCUCGACUUCCCAUCAAGUCCAUCCAAUCCCGUUACCGUGAAGCAAUCGCGUCGUUGAGCGAACGUCUAGGCACGGACAAGUGGUUCCUGGGCUCAGAAGGCCCGACGGCGCUCGAUGCCCUCGCCUUCGCGUACCUUUAUGUCUUGCUUCACAGCGCUGACGAGCUCCGAGUCGAAGUUGCGCGCCGAGUAAACUUGGUCAAUUGGGAACAGCGGGUCUAUGAAACUGUCCGCUCGGCGUUUAUACCACACUCGACAACGGGCCUGCCUUUGUCUUCGAAUCCAGAAGCUCAAAUAUCUACUUGA